AUGUUGAAAAAUCUGAAAUCUCUCAAACUUAAAUCGUGUGUGCUUCUUGAGAAGUUACCCGAGGAUCUUGGUCGGUUAAAAUGUUUAAAGAAGCUAACUGUUACAUCUGCAAUGAUUAAAGAUGUUCCUGAGAGCAUUUGUAUGUUGAAACAACUGGAAUCUCUCAAACUUAGUUAUUGUUCGUUUCUCGAAAAACUACCAGAGGAUCUUGGCCGAUUAGAAUGUUUAAAGAAGCUAGAUUUGUCAUCUACAAACAUUAAAGGUAUUCCUGAUAGCAUUUGUAUGUUGAAGGAUCUUGAAUCUCUUGAUCUUUCUUGUGUGUUGCUAAAGAAGUUACCUGAGGAUCUUGGCCAAUUAGAAUAUCUAGAUUAUCUUGACCUCAGCUAUUGUAAGUUUUUACAAGAUAUUCCUGACAGCAUCUGUCAGAUGAAAUGUCUAACGUAUCUCUGGCUCUGUUAUUCUCCUCAACUUAAGAAAUUGCCUGAGGAACUUGGAACUUUAGAAUGGUUAAAAUAUUUAGAUUUAAGAGGCACGUGCAUAAGUCAUCUUCCGCAGAGCAUCUUAUUGUGGAAAGGUCUUUGUAUUACUAGGGGAAAAGUGCGACUCGAUUUAUCCGGUCCAUACUGCUAUGUACGGGUCUCAAAAGAUGAUUUUGAGAGGCUCAGAAGGCCUGGAAAAAAAGCCAAAAUUAAUUAAUUUUUCAGAUGUUGAGUUAGAACUCAGAAUUGGCGAUGGUUUGGCAUAUCAUAAAGGGAAGAGCAAUCAACACACAAGGUGAUUUGGCAAACAACUUUUGCAAAACUAUUUGUUUGGCUUACAUCAUUCAAU